AUGUUAAAGAAGAAGAUAAAAACAAAACUCUUUGGCGAAGAACCCCCGGUCAUUAAUUGGCACGACGAUCUGAUGCCUGCAAGCGACGCGAUUUUCAACCCGGAUCCUCUAGACAUGAUCAUUCCAAUAGUGCUACCGUUUAAGACAAAUCCUGUUAAUCUUAUUUUAAAAUCACCGAAAGCAUCUAUUGGAAGAUUUAAUGGACUUUCGGUAAACUCAAAGAUAAGGGAGAUCAUUACGCAACCAAAAAUCCUGUUAUUUGCGCUUUAUCCUAUAUACCGACCAAUUCAUGUUUUCUAUGUUCAAGCCCACGACUCAUUGACUACGCUUUGUUAUGAUGCAUAUCAAGGAUUGCCCCUACACAUCAAUUUUCAUGUUCCGGGAACUUUACUGAGACGUUUUGAUUACCCAGAUGGAGGAGGCGUCGGCAAUCUAAACAAAAUUCUUGAGGCUGCUCAAAAAUAUGUCGACGACAAUAUCGACAACCAAGAAUUAUAUUCAUCCCCGAUUGAUUGGAAAUCAGGGUAUAUACAAUCUUAUCUCGACCAAGGUAUCGAAAAUCAGGAUUGGUUGCGUCUAUUUUAUCGGACAGCAAGGGCACGAAACGAAGCAAAUGUUUCGUGGAUCUGUCAUAGAUUCAACAGUAAAGAUGGUGGCAAGGAAAUUAUGGAUUUCGAAGGAUUCGUGCAAAGAUUCCAUAGGCCAAUACUUUGGCGUUCUCAUUAUCGGGGGAAUGGUUUCAAGGAUUUAUUUUAUACGACAUUGCGAAAGCAUUUGGCCAAGAGUACACCGGUAUGGUUGAAAAACGUAGAUUUUUUGGAAAUACCGGUGAUGAAGGAACAGCAUUUUGAAAGAACUUACGAUGAAGAACGAAAACAAUCACCUUAUAAAUCAGAAAAGAGCACCCCAAGUAAAGACGAACAAAGAUCCCAAAAUAAGGUCAAAACGGAACCGCCAGUCUACGAGGAUCAACGCAACAAGUCUCAUUCACCAAAUUCAGAAAAAGGGACCGAGUCAGAAGCAGAAAAUAAGGUCCCACCAGCCCAUGAAGAGCAAUCUAAAAGGACUCAAUCAUUAAAUUCAGAAAAAAGUACCCCCAGUAAAAGCGAGCAAAAAUCCCAAAAUAAGGUAAAAACGGAGUCACCAGCCCAUGAAGAGCAACCCAAAAAGACCCAAACACCAAAUUCAGAAAAAAGCGCUUCCAGAAAAAACGAACAAAACGCCCAAAACAAGAUAAAAAUGGAGCCAUCAGCCCAUGAAGAGCAACCUAAGAAGACCCAAACACCAAAUUCAGAAAAAAGCACCUCCAGCAAAAACGAACAAAAAGCCCAAAGCAAGACAAAAACGGAGCCAUCAGCCCGUGAAGAGCAACCUAAAAAGACCCAAUCACCAAAUUCAGAAAAAAGUAACCCCAAAUCCCAAAAUAAGGCAAAAACGGAGUCACCAGCCCAUGAAGAGCAACCUAAAAAGACUCAACCACCAAAACCAGAAAAAAGUACCUCCAGCAAAAACGAACAAAAAGCCCAAAAUAAGACAAAAACGGAAACAUCGACUCAUGAAGAGCAACCUAAAAAGACUCCAUCAUCAAAUUCGGAAAAAAAUGGCCAAAGUAAAACCGAACAAAAGGUUAAAAAUAAGACUAAAGCGGAGUCAACAGUCCAUGAGGAGCAACGUAAGAAGACUCAACCGCCGAAUUCAGAAAAAAAUGCCAACAGUAAAACCGAACAAAAGGCUAAGAAUAAGACCAGAACGGAACCGCCAAAUUCAGGAAAAAGCACCCACAAUAAGACCGAACAAAAAGCCAAGAAUAAGGCUGAGGCGGAAUCGCAACGCAACAAGUCUCAUUCACCGAAUAACCCAGGUCAUUUGGGCAAGAAUCAACGGAAAAACUUGCAAGAAUCACAAAAACUUCAUGACCCCAAAGGUUAUUAUAAACUUCUGGGACUGGAUCAUCUUAUUUUGGUCCCAGAUGAUGAUGGGAUAAUUAAAUUCGCCUUUACAAGCACCUUGAAAAGAAUUGAAGCUAGUUAUAAUGGUCACAUGCAUCUCUCUCCCGAGGAAAAACGGGAAAAGGAUGAGAAGACACGACUGCUGGUUGAGGCGAGGAAUGCUCUACGAAAAUGUAGAUAA